AUGGCUCCAAAACCGAAGCUACCAAUCGACCGCGAGCUGGAAUCCCUCCUUCCAGACUAUGAUGAGUUAAUCCGAUGUGCACAGACGCCAGUCCGAGUCAAUGACAUCCUGCUUCCGGGCGUCACUCAUGAAGAACACACUUUCCUCGGUCCUGACAAAAACCCACUGACCCUCUCAAUCUUCCGCAAAGAGAGUCUGCCAGACUCCGGACCACAUAAACAACCAACCAUCUACCACAUCCAUGGCGGAGGGAUGGUCAUGGGCAACCGCUUCUGCAGCCUAAGCGGCCUGCUCGAAUUCCACGCAGAAGAACUCGGAAUCGACUCGGCUCGCAUCGUGAUCAACGGGCUCUCAGCCGGAGGUGGGCUGGCCGCGGGUGUAGCGCUGCUAUGUCGCGACCGAAAAGGUCCUCGAUUGAUUGGACAAUCGCUCUUCUCGCCCAUGAUCGAUGAUUGUAAUAAUUCGGUGUCUGCGCACGAGUUCACUGGCGUCGGCAUCUGGGACCGCAACGCGAAUAUGACGGGUUGGAAUGCGUAUCUGGGUGACCGCAGAGGAAGUGACAACGUCAGCGUGUACGCAGCCCCUAUCAGAGCAAAGGAUCUUGCUGGGCUCCCGCCGGCGUAUAUCGAUGUCGGAUCGACGGAGACAUUUCGCGAUGAGGAUGUUCAGUAUGCGCAGAACAUGUGGCGCGACGGAACGCAGUGCGAGCUCCACGCUUGGCCCGGUGCGUAUCAUGGAUUCGAGGGUCUGAGCCCCGGGGCACAGUUGUCUAUCAUGGCGAGAAAAGCGAGGUCGGAUUGGCUGCGGCGGAUUCUGUUCUGUUGA